AUGAAUAAUUCAGAAGUUGAUGAAGCGUUGAAAAUCACUUACCAUAAUUCUAACAAUAGAUUGAUAUCAUCCACGUAUGUUCCCCAGAUGACGACUUCUCCACCAAUAACCAAUUUAGCUUCUUCAUCAGUACCUUCCGGGGAUGAAAUAUACGUAAGAAAUCUGUCAAUAUCCCCAAAAUUACUAUUAUCCUUUGACUAUUUGCAGCGUGUUUUAUUAGUUCUGUAUAACAUCAUCGAAAGCUUUAUCAAAACAAUUAUGUUCUUUUUUCAAAUCAAAGUAUUAGGCGUUGAAUCAAGAUUUCAGUUACUUUCAUAUUUAGAUGCAUACAUUAUAGAUACCACUAGCCUAUUAGAAACGUCUGAAUGUAUAGGCUCAGAUAUGGGUGAUUUGUGA